AUGACCGAUGAUACUCAUGUGUCUUCCGAUGAGGAAGCUGAAGUACAGGAAAAUGCGGCAGAGAUUGCUGCUCAAGUAAGAAAGCGGAGGCUGCUCGAAAUGAAGUCGAAAUACCACGGAAUGGAAAUGAAAGAGGAAGAUUAUGCUGAGGAUGAGAAACCUACAAAGAAAAGUAAAGGAGUUGAUUCAGGUUUCAGAAGUUACCAACCAGCAGCAGAAGUUCUGGGUGAAGUGAAGAAUGAAGUUUCUUUGACCGCAGUGGAAAAUGAAAUAGUAGAUCAUCUAAAAGAUACUCUGACAGUUAAAACAGUUGAUAGUGUUGAUAUUAGCAACUUGGCUCCAAAGAAAAUUGAUUGGGAUUUGAAGCGUGAUAUCAGUAAAAAACUUGAGAAGUUAGAAGGAAGAACUCAGCGGGCAAUUGCUGAUCUGAUUAGAGAACGUUUGGCUGAUGGAAAAGGUGAUCUCGUUAGUACUGUUAAUGCUGGAGUAUAA